UGAGCCUUAUAAAGGUAUCACAGUAAAUAUGAAAUUUUGAGGACAAGCGUUCUUUUCGAAGGAAAUAUACUUCAAUAUCGAAAACUUAAUAUUCAUUUUUUUGGCAGAUGGACGGUUUUCAGUAAAUAUUGCGCAAACAACAGUUAUAAAUCAGUUAUAUAUCAUAGAACUUUGGAUUGGUUAUUGCUAACAUGCAUCAGAGAGGGCUGCUACACCGAAAGAUGGACCCCAGCGCUGGCAUUACCAUAGUUGUUGUUGUUUACAGUUUUUGCAAGCGCAUCAUACCAUAUCACACAUAUAUAGAGCCCGUUGUAUGGCCAUUGCCGCGAUGCUAUUUAAAUCCCAACACAUCUGUUCAUACAUAAGCAAAUCACUUGGGUUAACGCUCAGAAAUUGAUUUCAAAAAUUAAGCAAAUGUUAUUUGUUUUGUUUGUUUGCAAUUACAUAACGAUAUGUUGUUUAUUAUAGUGAGGUGCGAGGGCACCUUUUUAUAUAAUAUUAUAACUUAUUCAUAUAGGCAAAGAGAUAUAAUUUUUUAUUGAUUUCUUUCUUAAGCAAUUUCGAAAAGACAAAAACCGCCCUUCAAGUAAAUUUGAAAUUAAAUUUUAAAGCGCGUACACAUGAUAAUAAAAUGGCAGAGUUAACAAAAUCUUUUUUUGUAAUUGCUUUAUUAUAUUAUUAUUCUCACUUGCCUCGAACGUAUGCUGAAAGCGGUAAAGGUUACAUUGAUUUGUUAGACUUGCAAAACAAUGACCAGUUCCAUUGGGGCAGAGAGCACGCAAUAAAAAGAUCGCUGCUAACAAAGAAUGAUAAAGUAGUAAAUAAUACAAAUGAAGCUCCAUUACAAGACACAUUUAGGCAAAAACGACAAUCAGGAAGCAUCGUUAAGGACAAUCAAUUAUUGGAAAAUAAAGAAUAUGGCGUGUGCCGUACACCGACUGGUGAGGAGGGAACAUGCCGUCACGUUAUUUAUUGCCGUAUGCCAGAAUUGAAAGAUGAUAUUUGGCGUAUGCUCUCGCAGCUAUGUGUUAUCGAGAAAAGUGCAAUUGGUAUAUGCUGCCCGACACGCAUUAUAGGCCGAUUAGGUCCACAAAUUAUUGCAAAUGUCAAUAACAAUGAUUUGUCUAAUUCAGGCGUUAUUAAUCAACCUGAACAACGUGGUUGCGGCAUAGCUACUCGGCAAUUUCCUCGUGUAACUGGUGGACGGCCGGCUGAACCUGACGAAUGGCCUUGGAUGGCUGCUAUUCUAAGGCCCGGUCUCUCGUAUGUAUGGUGUGGUGGCGUUUUAGUGACGGAUCGUCAUGUUUUGACGGCCGCCCAUUGCAUUCAUAAAAUUCGCAAGGAAAACUUAUUCGUGCGCCUCGGUGAAUAUAACACGUUAUUGUUGAAUGAGACAAGAGCUCGCGAUUUUCGCAUAGGUGCUAUGGUCACUCAUAUCGAUUAUGAUCCACUAACAUAUGAACAUGAUAUUGGUUUGAUUAGAGUACAUCGUCCUACCAUUUUUAAUACCUAUAUAUGGCCAGUUUGUAUGCCACCAAUCGGUGAAAAUUGGGAAGAUAAAAUGGCUAUCGUCACCGGUUGGGGUAGUAAGAAUUUUGGUGGCCCGCAUUCAGAUAUUUUAAUGGAGGUUACUAUACCCGUUUGGAAAUUGGACGAUUGCCGCGAGGCCAUGCUUGAACGCAUAACGGAAGGAAUGUUAUGUGCUGGUUUUCCAGAAGGUGGGCAGGAUUCUUGUCAGGGUGAUAGCGGCGGUCCUCUCUUAUUACAAUUGCCUAACAGACGUUGGGUAACAAUUGGGAUUGUAUCAUGGGGAGUGCGUUGCGGUGAGCCCAAUCGCCCUGGCAUGUACACGCGUGUGGACCGAUAUUUGCAUUGGAUUGUCGAGAACUCAGAUGUUUAAACGCGCGUUAUUCAAUAUUGUUUGUAAGAUUUUUUUUUUUUUUAUUGUUUUGAUUAUAUACUAAUAUUAAACAAAUUUACCAGAAAUUUAAAAACGAAUUUGUAAUACAUAUCUAAACACUUAUCGCUGACUCUUGCUUUACAGAAAUAUUGGAAAAAAGUAACUGGAAAUGUUUAACAAGGACAAUUUUUAAUAAAAAUGUAUAUACAUUCGUAUGUAUUAACGUCCCAAUCAAAA